AUGGAUAAUUCUCUAUUUCCUACAGUGCCUGUAUUUUUGGAUCGUUCAAGUUUAGAUCAAAGUUGGGGUUUUCGUCUGCAAGGUGGAAUCGAUUACAGAUUGCCACUAUCAAUUAAAAAAGUCUCACCGAAUACACCAUCACACAAUAAAUUAUAUGCAGGCGAUGGUGUUACCGCUAUUAAUGGUCAAGAUGCAAGUUCUAUGAAACAUGAGGAUGCUGAAAAUUUACUUCGCAAUGCGUUACAAAUACAACUGACGGUGCGACGAGGUCAACUCGCUGCGGUUCGACCCUCAAGACCACCCGUUAAAUUCGGCGCUUCAUCACAACCACAUGUUAAUUCAGCACUGCAAAAUACAACUACACCCAAUAACUAUCGUCGUUUUUAA